CAACAUUUAAAACUUAAAAACAUGGCGAAAGCGGUGUACAAGACGCAUUGCGAUCUUUGCUCCGGCUCUUUCAAUACUACAAAUGCUCUUCAACGACACAGACUUGUAAAGCACCGUGGAGCGCGAUCGGUUUCCUUUUUGCCGUUUUAUAAAGCACAAGAAGUCGUGCAGCUUCCUUCAAACAAAUUGAAAGGACGUAGGUCUACAGCCUAUAAACUGUGGAUAGCAGGCAUCGUGGAAAGCAUAAACUCCUGCUUGCAUCCCAAAGCCAAAGGAAAAUGGUGUCGAGUGGAAAGAUACGACGUACCACUAAAUUACUUUGAAGCUUUGCUUGCGGAUAUGCCCAACGCAUUCCCUAACAGUGUAAGAGAUAAGCGGCACUUGCGCCCACCGGUAUGGAAGGAAACCUGUCAAGUAUUACACUACAGAGAUUACCACAUACGUGAUGUAGUAGCCGCCCUAGAGCAGAAAAGUGGUUUAACGCUCAAUUUAAAAAAGUCUUACCUUGGAGACAAGGAGAUUACUGACUGUACCCAGGAACAAACAGGAAGAGACGCUCUUGCGGCGGCCAAAGCAAAGGCUCACGGUCGAACGGCAAACCAAACACCGACGCAGCAAAUCCAAAUUGUUGUUGGGUAUGGCGAAGGAAGAGCAACGCGCGAAUUUGAACUGAUAUGGUGGCCAGAAAUGUUCUCGUCAUCUAAACAUGGAAAACUAACCCUUCGAUUUUAUGUUUCCAAAGUAAUUAUUUGAUAAACUUGUUUGCAAUUUGAUGGCAAUAUGCUGGUUUAUUCUCCAGCUUAGUAGACAGCUGCGGGUAUUUUUUUACAAUGUUAUGUGACGAAUAAAUUUGAAAGUACAACGAAACUCUCAAUAAUGUACAUUUUUCGCUGACCGUUUCUCUGAGAUAUAUACAUGUAUGAUAAUAGAAAGCUUUUUUCAACUGCAAUGUUUACGAUAAACCAGUUAAGUGGAAGGACUACUAGAAAAACAGAAUGGCUUCAAAUAAAAACAAGAGAAAAACUACAUUAUGGCUUUAGAUAACGACACUCCAAAUACAACUGACUAUCCAAGAAAGACAGAAAUAUGUUCAAUCUGUUUCAGAUAACAUCAGGUGAACUGGGACUAGACGAGAACGAAAGAAAGAAUAGUUUCAAGUUUAAGCAAGAGUAAGAAAUAGUUAUCAUGAUUACAUUCUGUCCUCAGAUAACAACAGCCCAAAUAAAACUGACUACCCAAGAAAGACAGAAUUAUUUCUUGUUAGU